AUACUAACUUAAUAUCAGAUAUGAGCCAAACAACGAUGUGCCUCAAGGGGGCGCAAGGUGGAGUGAUAGGAGUUGUUAUGACAACGAUUUUUAUAUGUACGAUAUUCUCCGGAAGAAUGGAUAACAGCUCGAUAUCAGAUUUCCACAAUAAAUUUGAUUUGAUGCAAAAAUCAACGAAACGGAAAAAUUCGGAGCUCAAAAUGAAUGGAAAUAUUGAUAAAUGCAAAUUAAAAUGGAAAAACUCGAAAGUUAACAAAACAGCUUAUGAAACUCUUUACGAUGGCACUGCAAUUUAUCACAAAAACUAUUUGACUUUGCCAAAAUCGGUGAAACCGUUAUAUCCUGAUCCGGUUAUACGAUUAAAUCCGGAUAAAUUUUUACUUCCUAUACCACAUAACGGUCCGAACAACCAAUUAAUUGGACUAAGAGAAGCAACGUUUGUUGCAAUAAGACUCAACAGAACGAUGGUCAUACCAAGAUUCUUCAAACACUUUUCAGACGGUUCAGUGACGUCACGCAAAAGAUGGUAUAUAUUUCCUGGACAUCGGAUAGAUAUAGAACGAUACUGUAAAUUCGUCUCAUGCGUCACGAUCGAGCAAUUCCAAGAAGCCUGUGGUCGUCAACUUGAUGCGGUCGUAUUUUUGCAACAUACCACCGAAAAUAAUCUAAAGGGCUGGGAAAGGUAUACAGGAAUGAGAUUCCGACGAAAAGUUGAAGGUUAUCAAUCCGGAAAAAAUGACCCGGAAGAAGCCAAUGUCGAUUUCAUACCAGAUUUCCCAGUUCCUGGAGGUAGAAAAUAUAGGAAGUUCUUCGCGAAGGAAAUUAAAGGUUUAUUUGAAUCAGAAGCAAGAUGCGUUGUCUACCCAGACCCCCUAUAUAACCUUCUUCUGAGGAAACCUCGCAAACGCAAGAUUUCAGAACUUGUCAAAAACCAAGAAGACCUUAAAAGGCUCACCGACUACCAGUUGUCUCUCUCAAUAGCUGUGGCUUUGGGAAGUCCGGAGUAUAUCAAAAAUAUUUCUAAAGAUUUUGUCUCAAACAAGUUAAAAAAUCGGCCUUUUGUCAGCGUGCAUUGGAGAUAUAAUGAGGAAGAUUUUAUGAGAAGGUGUCAGCAUAACGUCUCAAAUAAUGUACUUAAGAAGAAACUUUGUCAGAAUGCAAUGCGCGUCAAACCGGAGCAUAUAGCACAAGCAAUUGGAAUAAAAAUUUUAGAUCUGAGUCAAAAAAAAAUAAAUAUAGGCGAUGUCUAUAUCGCCUCACCUCCGAGCGAACGAAAGUUGGUUGCAAAAGUCGCAAAAUUAUUGUUCGAAAAACAAGGUUGGCUGACAUUUUCGUCUCUCGAUUUGGAUGAAUUCAUGAAGGCAAAGUACGAUUCAUGUGAAAUAUUAAAGUUACAUUUUGAAGACAUUGUUUCGACAAUUGAGAUGGAGAUCUGUGGACUCGGGGUAUCUUUUCUAGGAUCUGCCCGUUCAUCAUGGACAACUAGCGUCCAACUUGCUCGGAGAACAUCUUCAAACCUAGGCCUUCGACCUGGGUCUGAUGGAGACAUAUUUUCAAUGUCAGUUUCAGCUAUGCAGGGAAUGCUAAUGGAGAAUGAAAAUAUUAUGAAUCGGGAUAUGGCGCAAAAAAGCAAAAAAAUGACCAAAUAGAAGAAAAAUAAAGGGAAUUUGGCAAAAUGACCUCAAUGCUGAGCACUAAACUGUGUUGGCAGCAUAGGAUCGAGAUUUUGGUUCCUUGUCAGUAACAAUAUUACAGUUAUGUGCGUAAGUCUUGGGGCAGCUGUUCUCAACCACUUACUGACCGCGUACGACUUACAAAUACCCUUUUUUGAGAGUCGGGAACAAUGGCACAAGAAAUGGCUGUAUGGGGGGAUUUUAUGUGGCACAACAACAUUUGUGACGUAACACGCAAAACGGACAAGG